CGUCUUGCCCCACCCCAUCGGACUGUUGCUGUCAAGCACUCAAGCCGGUCAAAAUAAAAACCAGUCGGGAAAAACAGAAAUCAGCAGAACCAUCUUGGACGUGACUCGAGGGACAGAUCAGCUACUCUACUUGGGCCAUUGUCAAAUCUUUCCAGACAGUUCCAAUAUUAUAGUGAUGAAUAUGUUGAAAUUACUCUUCGUAAUCAGUACUUGCUGUGUGUGUGUGAGAUCCGAUUUCUCUAUCGAAUGGAUCUGCGAAGAGACCAAUGCAAUUGGCAACUGCAGUACCAUACCAAAGAUCACAGACUGGCUGCAAUUUCUUGCCGAUAACAUUGAUAAUGACGAAUAUACGGACUUAUACUAUUGCCCAUUUAACAUCGCGGAACGGCACGCCAUGUGUAUGGUGUCGUUCUUGAAAAAUUGUCAGCAAAAAAUGUCCGAAGCAAAACGGCAUGUCGCUUACUCGUAUAUGCCACGAAUCGAUAAAGCAGCGACUCACUGCCCCGAAGGCCGGCCUUACAAGAAGGAAUUUAGAGAAUACACGAAUUGCACGAGAGUGAUGUAUAACAAUGAACCCAAAGAAUGGGAAGUACAUUCGGUAAAUCAACAGAUAGAGUUCGGACUGCUACCAAGGAAAAUGGAGUUCCGCCAGAAAUGCGACGUUUAUCGCAAGUAUUGGGAAAUGCAGAGCUCGUGGAUUCUUAGGGAUUGCGGACCGAAGGCAGAAAAGUUUUCCCGCCAUGUGCUCAGCUAUAUGUGGCCUAUAAUGGGAUUGUUGAACGUAUGUGGCGACCGGCUGACUCCUUAUGGAUAUUUCGAAACAUGAAAGACGGCUUCAAAUCCCAAAUUUUCAAUUUCAUAUCAUAGUAUAUCAAUAGCAUAUUACCGCUUAUUAAUUUAAUUUUAAAGAUUAUUAAAUUGUAAUUUUUUUUUCCAUUUUAUAAAAACUCACUUGGAAAUAUAUUGACUAAUAUUAUA